AUGAAAAAUUACGAUGAUCAUUUAAAAUAUAUGGUUAAUUUUUUACAAAAUGAAGAAGAAUCAGAUAAUGAGGAAGAAAAAAGAAUAGGGGAAAAAAAUGGGAAAACAAAUAAAAUGAUAGAUAACGAACAUAUAAAAGAUACAAAGAGAAAAGGUUUUAUAAAAUAUCCAUAUUAUCUACAUAAUAAAAAAGAAAGAGCAUAUACAUUAGGUGCUAUCAAUGGCAUAGGUGAUAUUGAUAUAUUAAAAGCUCCUUUAAUGAAUCCAAUGAAGACAGAAGUUGUCCCUCCUAUAUUGCAAUUACCUGCUUCAACGAAUUUAAUAAAAAAUGUUCAUUUGAAAGUUGAAGGUAAUAUAAAUUUGGAUAAAUCAUAUAAGUAUAGGAAACAAAACAGUAAUAAGGAUAUCUUAAAUAAUAUUAAGCCUUUAUAUUCAUUACCUGAAAAGGUUAUGUCAUAUUGUAUGAACGAAAAUGUAAAUGCAGAUUAUAAGAAGAAGAAGAAGAACAAUAAUAAUAAUAACAAUAAUAAUAAUAAUAAUAAUGACAAUAUUAAUGAUAAUAAUUAUUAUAAGGAUGAUUGUCAUAAAAGGGUAAAUGAAGAAUUAAUCAAAAAUAACAAGGAACAUAACUCAAAUGAAAAAAAUAAUAUAAAUACAAAUGAUAAAAUGAAUUUAGAAUAUAUGGAUAUAUCUGAUAAUACAUUUAUAUCUAAAAAUAAUAUUCAGUUAUUACCAAACGAAAAUGAGGUCGAAAUAUUAUUAAAAAAGAACUUACCAUCGAACGAAGAAAUAAUUAAUAUUUUAAAUGAAAAAAAAGAAAAUGAUAAAUUUGAUGAACUCAACAAAAUAUGUAUUAAACAAAAUAUAUAUACAAAGGAAUGUAAUAAUAAUAAUAAUAUGACUAUCUAUAAAAAUGCGGAGAAAAUAAAUCCAUAUGAAACAAAAUUAAUUGAACGAAAACAAGAGGAAACUAAUGAAAAUGAUAUAUUUUGUAAGAAUCGUAAUCUUAUAAGAAAAAAUAUUUGUACAGAUAAUACAAAUAUGCUAAAAAAAAACAAUCCACAAGAAAUAAAAGACAUAAACAAAAUUAAUGAACAACUUAAAAUAUUCGAGCAAAAUCAAAUAAUGUCCCCAACUUUAAAAAAUGCACUUAAAAUAUUGUCGAAUGAUAUUUAUGUAUAG